AUGCUCUCACGUGUUGCUGCAGUGAAGGCACCCCGCACACACAGUUGUCGCUGCGUGACUGGAUCCAGCGGAAGGAGGAGGGAAGGAAGAGAGAGUGAGCCGCAGAGGCCCCACAUGUCCCGGCAUGUGUUUACUUCCGUUGUGCUCCUCCUUCUCGUCAUGAUGUUGUGCGCCGCCGCUGGGCCUGCACAGGCCCAAAGCUUUGAAACGACAGUGGGCGAUGUUUAUGGAGGAUACAGUUGGGAGUCGUUGUCAAGGGAUCAUCGAGCCGCAAACCCACCGGUCCCUGGCCACAUUUUCCGCAAUCCCCAUCUUGUGAAUGUGAACGGGAUGCUUUUGGCCAUUGCUGGAGCUCAGUUCAAUAGAACUGUGGGGAGCGGGAGUGCGUCCAUGCAGUUGAUGGCGGAGCUCAGCUUGAAUCGUGGGGUGAAUUGGAGUCCGUACCCGAGAACUGGAGAUAUUGACGCCUUUGCUGCACACCCUUACCAGUUGUCGUUUCACUCGUCUUUUGGACCCUUCGGAUCGCUUUUUGCUUUUGUGGAGGGCUACGACUUAUGGAAGGGAGUCACACCUCAUUAUGCCAAUUGGUGGGGAGGAAGUGGGUUGGAGUCUGUUAUCCAUUUCCUGGAGACGGGGCCUGAAAUAAGCGGAGGUUUUUCGAUGAGUUCCGUUUCUAUGAGCAUUCGCCUUCCUUAUCUCUAUAAAUCCGGUGAGGUGAUUGGCUUCCUCAACGAUGCCAGUACUCCCAUCACGAAAAUGACGGAUGGCACGCUCGUGUUUCCCGUGCAGUUUCUGACAAUGGAAUGGAGCACUGCGUCCACAAUCAUUUACUGGAAUUCCCGUCAACAGCACUGGACCUUUGCGAACAGCGCGACACAUGCGGGCUGCACCAACCCCAGUAUCCUUGAAUGGGAGGCUGGGAAAAUCAUCAUGAUCACCUCAUGUGAGUCCGAUCGCCGAAGGGUGUACGAGUCGACUGACAAGGGGAACACGUGGAAGGAGGCUCUGGGGACGCUCUCGCACGUGUGGGGCAACUCAUUGGCCGGUCUUGGGCUCCACAUUCAGAGUGGAUUCAUCACUGCAACGAUUGGCGAAAAGAAGGUGAUCCUCCUCACCCAGCUGGAAUAUUCCAGGGAAAGCCAAAGGAGCGAGAUUCACCUGUGGCUAACGGACACGAACCGCAUUUACCACGUUGGCCUGUUAGCCACUGGGUAUGGCGCGACCUCCAGCUCCCUGUUGUACGCGGAUAAUAAACUGUAUUGUUUGUACGAGUCCGGUGCUAGAAGCGACUCUGGAGUCUCCUUCCUGGAUCUGACGCUUGAGCUGCAGAAUAUAUGGCAUGCGCUGUCUACCUGGGCCGCAAAUGACAAUGCCUUGAGACAUUGCAGCUCACUUGCCGCGAACGCCGCGCUGUCAAGAUGGGGCUGUUCUGUUCCUUUCCCCAUGGCUGGGCUUGUGGGCCAUUUGGCAGACAGGCUCCUUGGGGACAAGUGGGAGGACGAGUACCUUGGGGUGAAUGCUGUUGUGAGGGGUGCGAAGAAAAAGGCUUCCGAUGGGUUGACGUUCGAAGGGCAGGGCGCGGGGGCCGAGUGGCCUGUGGACAAGCAGUGGCCGACCAGACCACUCCACUUUGCAAACUAUGGGUUUACUCUUGCGGCAACGGUGUCGAUCCACGAGGUGCCGACGGGCAUUACUCCCCUGAUGGGCCUGAAGAGAAUGGGGAAGACAACACUCCUGGGACUGUCGUACGAUAAGAAUAUGGAGUGGAGCGUGGAGCAUGACUUCUUCCCGAAGCAUUUUACCGCAUGGGAGGUGGACAAGACGUAUCACGUGGUGCUCAAAAUGCAUGACGGUGUGGGCUCCGUGUACGUUGACGGGACCCUCCUUUGGAAUAUGAGUCUGAGAAAUUCGUUCAAUGAAGGGCUGGACACGGUCUCACACUUUUACUUUGGCGCGUACGAUGAGCAGUUGAGCAGCGGAAAAAUCCAUGCGACGGUGGCGAACGUCUUUCUGUACAACCGCCCGUUGAAUGAAACUGAGAUUGGCGCCCUCAACGCGAAUAAAUUCACCAUUCCACCUCCGGAAAGGAACCCGGAGAAAGCGGUGGCAGUUUCUCCCCCGCCCGUUGAACCUGCCAACGAUACGGUGACCACAAGUACACAAGCAACUGUGCCAUCGCUCACUCCUGCCGGAACACAGCCGACGGAACAAGCAACCGUGAAUGCGAGCAGUGUUCCGAGUGGUAGCACUCCAUCCACAACAGCUGAGUCGAGGCCAGCAGAGCCCGAACAAGCAACCUUGAAUGCGAGCAGUGUUCCGAGUGGUGGCGCUCCAUCCACACCAGCUGAGUCGAGGCCAGCAGAGCCCGAAACAGCAAGGGAGGGAACUGCAGACCAGCCGACAUCUGCCACAUCUUCAAGCGCUGCCAGUACUGAUGUUGGUGCUUCCUCAUCUGAUGAUGCACAAACGGUGGGGACGGAAGGUGAAAAUAAAAUGCAGGCAGGUCAACCAACCCAAUUCUCUGUGGGAACCCCCGACGCAGCAAAUGCAGCAACACAUAACGCUGAAGGCAAGGGACAAGAUGGGCUCCAUCCACAGGUCAAGGAAGCAGAGGCGGCAACACCCAGCAGCAGCCUUUUAAAUUCGUCGCAGUGGGAUAACAGCGUUGCUGGCGCUAUGCGUGAGAGCGGACUGCUGCUGCUUCUUCUGCUGGGGCUGUGGGGGUUUGCGGCUGUGUGA